CUGAUGAACCCGCCUCUAUGCAAAUGAUAAGUGAGAAACCAAACAUCACCAUCAAAGAACAGCAAGAGGCUGUUGUGAAGGUCCUAGAGACCGUGAUCGCUCACUCCUUUUACGGAGAAGGCACGCCCUGGUCCCGCCAUGAGGAAGAGAAGCUCCUGCUGACCCACCUGGCUGACCUGACCGCCAGCGAGCGAGAAUUGAGAGAGAAGACACACUCUAUCUUCAAGACGCACGACAAUCCAGAUCUGAGCUCGAGAUCCAGGACUGACGCGAAGACGCUGCGCCGCGUCAGGAAGAGCAAGAGGAUCAUCUUCAACCACCUGCGCUCGAUGGAGAGCUGGGAGAGGAGAGGAGCCUGCGAGUACGAGAGGGAGAAGCGACUCACGUACGUCACCCUCAGACUGGAACACGAGGCCGACGUGAUGGAGGAAAAGGAGAAGCAACGGCUCAAGAACUUCCGCGGCUUCCUCCGUAGCCUUGGCGAGAUGUUGUCGGUGUGGUACUCGGGUGGGUAGAGACGGCGACUUGGAGAAAGUAUCAGGGGGCCUGUAGGACAGGAAACGUCAUUUCCAACCAGAGGUUUCAGGCCUCUCGGUGAAAACUGGCGUGAGAGUGUUCUGCACUGAUACUGAUGACAUCGAACCGACUACUACCCUGGUGGCGGUGCACAUCCGUAUCUACUGCCACGGCGACAGAGUUACGGUCGACGCACGGAGGCACGAAGAGGCCCAGGAGCGCUAUGGCAGUUGGGCAGUGCGGUGUCGACAAAAUGAACUUCACAUCUCUCCUUCUUAGUUGAGAGGUUCGUAUUACCACCCAACGACAGUCAGUGGUACACUUGUAACACUAACAGGAACUUCUGUGGCGGUCGACUUGACAGAGCCAUGUUGACACAAAAUACUGUAGUGCGGUACGAACUACUGUACCGUGAAGGUUGAGGGCCGGGAGCCUGACAGUAGCCACUUGCGAUGGACAACUGUAUGUAACACGGCAUGGGCCCAACACAGACCUGAUCCACAGCUGAUACAGGCCGCCCGUUUAGAAGUAACCUAUCGGUCCCUGUAUUCCGUAGUACUAAGUGCUGUAAGGACAUUGUGA